CAUCGCUGCUCGUGUAUCCGUUGCAGAGAUCUUUUUUCAGCUGCUAAUUCUCUUCUCCGUGUCUCCACCCAACAGAAAGCUUUAGAAGGCAAAUUUAAAAGGAAAGCAUAAGAGGAAGUGUGAGCGCUUUGUCGCUGCAUAAGUGUGAAACGCUCAUCUCCAGCCGCGCCGUCAUGACUUUCACAAAGACCUACACUGGAGACCCGGACUAUGAAUCUUACAGCUAUGACAAUAGCACAGAUGAUACCUGCGAUGACGAAAACUCGAUGUUCCUAGACUUUUACUCUGUGUUCAGCCCGGUGCUCAACAGCUUCAUCUUCCUGCUGGGUUUGGCCGGAAAUGGCCUGAUGGUCGCCGUCCUCCUGAGGCGUCACCGUCGGCUGCGCAUCACUGAGAUCUACCUGCUGCACCUCGCCCUGACCGACCUCAUGCUGAUAUUCACGCUGCCUUUCAAUGUGGUCGAAAGCGUCGCUGGAUGGAUGUUCGGGGAGUUUUUCUGCAUGCUCAAUGGCGUGUUGAGAAACCUGAACCUCCUGUGUGGGAGUUUCCUCCUGGCUUGCAUUGGAUUCGAUCGGUAUCUGGCCAUCGUCCACGCAAUCCCCAGCAUGCAAAGUCGACGCCCGAAAAAAGUGCACCUGACCUGCGCUUCCCUUUGGUUCAUCUGUUUCCUGUUGUCACUGCCCAACGCCGUCUUUCUCUCUGUCAAGCCAAGCACAAACGACUCCUUGCCCGAGUGUGAUUAUUAUCGUUAUGAAAUCAAUGCGCAAAACUGGGUUCUGGCCAACAGGGUCUUGCAUCAUGUGAGCUUUUUCUUCUCGCUGGCGGUCAUGUGUUACUGUUACACCGCACUUGUCAUCACUUUGUUCAAGAGUCAGAAAAGCCAAGCAAAGAAGGGAGCCAUCCGGCUGGCUUUGCUUGUCACCAUUGUGUUUUGUGUCUGCUGGCUACCAAACAACAUCACCUCGCUGACAAAAACGCUCAUUGACCUGGAAGUCGUAACGAGUGACACCUGUUGGUCCUGGAAAGUCCUUGCUCAAGCUCAUACUGUGACAGAGAGUCUGGGUGUCUCACACUGCUGCCUCAACCCGUUCCUGUACGCGUUCGUUGGGGUGCAGUUUCGGAAUGAGCUUUUGCAUCUUCUGUGUCGUCUGGGCUGUGGCCGCUUUUGCCUGCGGUUUAUCAAAACUCAAAAUUAUGGAAGACCGUCUGUUUCUGAUGGAACGACAUCGAACAGCAUGAUCAUGUACUGACUAACGACUCAAAUUUAUCAAGAGUCUAAAGUGCUACCGAAAGGGCUGGACCAAUAAAUCAGAUAUAUCUAUCUAUCUAUAUACAUAUAGAUAUAUCUGAAUAUCAAAAGAUACCUGUCACAAUAACAAAUUGUCCCAGAAAUUAUUGUGAUAAACAACAUUGUUGUUUGAGACCAUUUUCAACAAAUAUAAUGAUAAUAGUGGCAUAAUAAUGCUAGAACACGUUCUCAAAGAUCAAUAAACUUGAAAUGCUAAUUAAUAUUUAACACUGGAACUGGAAGACAUUUUGAAUAUCCAAAAUAAAUAAACAAAACAACAGAACCAACAAAUAAAAUGAAUUAUGAAGUAUCUGUAAACAAAAAUAUCCUUAAAAAGGUCUAGCUGAUACCAAAGCACCAGACUGAACAUUUGUCUAUAUUUUGGUAGAAAAAGAUAGAAAAGAUAAAAACAAUAAAUCAUGCAAAUGGAAAUUAUUGACAGUGUUUUAAUUCAUCAUUCGAUUAAUUGAUUUACUGGUUACUGUGCCAUCAACUAAUUCAUUGACUCUCUGGUUACCUAACAAAAACCGGUUAAGUAACUAGCACUGUGUCUCACAGCUGCUUAAAGUGGACAGGGAACGUUACGCCACCAAUUUGGCAGUGUUUCGAAUAUUUAACCAAUAAAACAAUCAAUAAUAAUUACCGAGGUCAAUUCAUAUGAGCCACUUACCCUGAUAAGUUUUUCGGCCGUGUUGUCCAGCCCUAUGCUAUAAUUUACAUUUAAGGCUCCCACAGACUCAGCGGUACUGUACAUAUUUCAGUCGAGCGUACUAAUUUCCUACGCGGUGUCUAA